ACCCAAAAACACAAAAACAAAAAUUUCCCUUACAUAUUAUUACCACACCCCAAGAGAUCAGAUCAGUUCUUGUAGUUCUUGUUCUCUCUCUCCAUCUGAAAGAUUCCCAACCCCAAAAACCCCCCAAAAAAAAACCCAUUUUUUAAUUUUGAUUUUAAAUUUUUGGAGUCUCUAAUUCACAACCUUUUCUUGGAUUCCAAAAUCUGUAUUGGUUUCUGAAUUUGAAUUGGAUGUGGACAAAGCAGAGACAUGAUUUUGAUUUCGAUGAUUCUUCUGCAACCAAAACCAAAAGCAGUUUUGAAUAUAAUGAGUCGUGGGAAGAGCAAGCUUUUGCAGAAGAUGCCGCCGCCGCUGGCCGCCUUGGGGGCUGCGUUUGGCCGCCGAGAUCUUAUUCUUGCAGUUUCUGUAGAAGAGAAUUCCGGUCAGCUCAAGCCUUGGGAGGCCAUAUGAAUGUCCAUAGGAGAGAUAGGGCUAGAUUAAAACAAUCCCCAAACCCUCAAAAUUUUCCUAAUUUCACACCCACUUUGCCUUUUCAAUUCUCCCCUUCUCAUCACCAACUUAUUUCUACUUCUUCUUCAACAACUCAUCCAUCGUGUUCCGGGUUUUGUUCCGAUGAGCUCGAUCCCCGCCCGACCAGAUCCGAUUCGAGAAUUUCUUGCCCUAGGGUUAUGGAUAAAGAUCAUGUAAUCGAAGCUGCUGGGUUUUCAAAUGAGGGCCAGUUGAAUUUCGGUCUUCGUCAACCUCGGCCCGAGGAGGAGGAGGACGACGAUGACAACGGCGGUCGGGAUGAGACCGGGGCGGCUACCGGUUGCAAGAAGAGGAAAACUGAUGAUGAAAAAUCAAUACAAUUUUACCAUCUUCAUCAUCACCAUAUCCAAUCAGAGGUAAUUGGAAUUAGCUCUAGCCAAUUGCAUGAUGUGGAUCUUGAGCUCAGGCUUGGGGGUCUCUCUAAAGGUUGAGAAAAAUCUCAAUUUCCGGUGAGAAAAUUCUAUCUUGAAUUUCCCAUCUGAGUUUCUUGUUUGUUUUUUUGUCAAUUCCAUUUUUUUCUUUUCACUUUUGAAGUAGAGGCUAAGGCCUUUCUACUUAAUUCCACAACUACUUGUUAAUUCUACAGUCUGUGUAACUAAAAGUUCGGAUCAAUCCUUCCAGAUUGUAACAAUAAGAAAAGCUAGAGAAAAGAUUAGAAGGAA